UUCCAAUAUAUAAUUUCAUAUUUUAAUUUAUUUCGCUGUAUACCAACUCUUUGUGUUGAUGUUAAUUUCACUUAGAAAUUAAGAGUACUUGUUAAAUUUUAGACAAGUUUGAUGCAGUAAUUUCUACAUAAAUCGUUUUAAUAAUGAAUAUUCGAGUAUAUAAUUUCAUACUUUAAUUAUUUCAUUGUAUACGACUAGAACGAUGAAAGGUUUAAAAUUACGACCGCAAAGGGUUGAGAUACAUGUAAAAUGCAACGGAUAUACUCGUGCUAGAAAUUCGAAACGCUUCUUUAACCCCUUAACCACGGAAUUUUUCACGCGUAUCAACACUGCAAUUUAACGCGCUUUAUCUUAACUCUUUCUCCCUCUGAGUUUAUUGUCUGUUUUACAACGUAAUUAGUUUUCUACCGAAAAAUAAUGUUUCAAAGAUGCACUUCUCGGUAGAUGCACCCUUGAAGUUUCUAUAGAGGAAUUUCGAAAAAAUCAAUUCAAUUGAUCGGUAGAUCUAGCAUUAACACUAAAUCUACACGAGUCAAAAUUACGCAUUCCUGAUUUCUUUUUUCUACAAUUAUUAAAAAAUCAAAGAUAUUUCCCUGAGAAAUUAUUCAAGAAAUUGACUCAUUCAUACAACAACUGAAUCGUAAAUCAAUUAAAGUCUCAAUAGAUGCACCCUUGAAGUCGCUAUAAAGGAAUUUCGAAAAGUCAAUUCAAUUGCUCGGUAGGUUUAGCGUUAAGGACGUUUACCUCGGCGUCGUGGAUCUUCCCGUGGAUCAGACGCCCUCGAUCUUGCCCGGCCGGACCACGGACGCCGGCAAUAAGUUUCAUUGGCCUAACAAAUUGUCACGCCCGUCUCGAGGAGGAAGAGGCGACAUCGUCGUUUCAGGCCACUUCUUCGUAAUGGGCAAUUGCGGCUGCGCUGCCUGUCCUGAGUAAAUAAUAAAAUCGUUUCGGGCCACCAGUACACCGUGCGACGCGCGCGCUGAUCGGUCCCAUUGUUCGCCGCGAUCCUCUUUCCGAUCAACGAUCGUCAAAGACUCGCUCCUCGCCGGAUGGGACCAGCGUCUGCUCGUAACGUUCCGAGGAACAGCGAGUCGGUUUUCGGGGAAUAUGAAAUUUUAUGGGCCGGUUUCUUCCCGGUGAAUUAUUGAACGGUUCGACCCGUACUCGCCUCGUUGUAAACGGAAUUAGGGAGGCGAGAGUUAUGGUGGUGCCGGGGGAUUGUUUCGGGCUCCACAACGAUCCUUCUUCGCAUGGAGAACUUCCGACGAAUCGUGGAAAAUUUAGAGAAUUCACAGAGUUUAACGCGUUGAGUGCCGCACGAUUUUGCCGAGACAAAUAUAGAAAAUGAGAAUAAUGUAAUAUCAACUUAUGUAAUUGAAUUCCGUUUAUUGCUUUUCCUUUGUUUAUUUUAAUUGUUGAAUAUCAGUGCAUUAAUUGGUAUUACUUAUAACAGAAAAGUUUUCAAAUAAUCGUUUAAUCGAAUGAAUUACAGUAAUUCGAAUUUAGGUCACCGGUGACACCCAGCGUAUUAAAGAAUGUAGAUUCAACAAAUUUUCUACAAAUUUCAACGAACCCACGAAACUGCGUUCUUGAUUAAUUGUACAUUCGAUCUUCGACUUCCAUUCGCGAUUUGGACUCCCGAUAGAGUACUAAGACCUGCAGAUUGAAUUGUCAUCUAAAACACUGUCGCAAGGAUCCAUUUCACGAAUCCCUUUAACCAAAGUGAAGUUAGCAGUAAUUCCAGGGAUCGAUGAAGUUUCUAAUGAAGUAUCUCUAAGUCGUGAAGCUUUAGCUUCAACGAGUUGAUCCUCGCUGUCGAAUCCGCUAGGGAAGGUAACGGCGACCUGUGGCGCGUCUCGCCGCUACAAUUGUCGCGCGGAUUGUUAAACGCAGAGUCGGGAUUGCUCGCGUCAGUGUCUCUAACUGCGCCGUUAAAGGUGGCCAUCAAGUUUGAUGAGGGACGAAGGAUAUCGUUUCGAAGUUUUACGUCCCUCGCUGUGGAUCAGCCGCGCGGGGGUGCGCAGGGGGCGCGCGUUUAUACGGGCCCGCUAACUGAGAAAUAUUUUUCAAGGCCUCGAUCGUUACGCCGCGUUAAGAGGCGGCGUAAAACUUUAUGCCGCGCGGCCCCGCGGACCGUUGCACGUAACGCGAACAAUUAUCCCCCGAGAUAUGCUCAUCGUGUUUUCCGAAAGCGAGAGAGCGCGGGACGCCGAUCGUUCCAGGUUGAACGAAACCGCUCGUUUUUCAGCUUUAUCGAACCAAAGAAGCCGGUCCGGAGCUAGGGGCCACGAUUAAAACAGUCUUUCUUUGCCAAAGAGACACCGGAGGUAAUAUAUACCCGUGCGCACGGCCGCAGAGAGAAUAUUUUAUCGGUCGUUCCGCGGGAUCUCGCCGGGGAAAUCGAUGAGACGCGACGGAAAUCCGAACGGCCGAGAUCCUAGGGGUCUCCGGUGGAAAAAGUCGACCGGGAAUAACGACGGGAGGGACUCGAGCGGGCUCGAGCGGACGAGGAUAAAUCGCUGGGUUCAAGUAGACCGAGCCGGCAGACGGUCCAGAUGAAAUUUCGCAGAUCCUCCGCGUGCAGCCCGAAGAUGGAAUUGCUCUCGAGGCGGUCGUCGGGCGACAGGAUGUCGACCCUGAAGAGGUCGAGGUCCUUCCGCGCCUCGUUGAAGCUGAUGUCGAAGCUGCGGGCGCACGCGAGCCUCCGGCUGAACGCGGGCUUCGAUCUGUCCCCGGUUAAAGUGCUCGACCAGCGCGCGAGGAAACGGCCGGCCAACAAGCUGUCCUCCGUCGACGAAUCCUCCAGUCCCGCCGGGAAUACACAGAUCAUCGGCAAUCCCUGGACAAACGAGCCCGAAGCUCCGGCCGUUGAGGCGCAGCCGGCUACGCGGGAGAACGAGCUGGAUUCGCGCAGGAUCAGCAAAGAGCUGAAGACUAAGCUGUGCCUGACGGACAGGAUCAUGAGGAAGAACCGUAAGGAUGUCGACAAACCCGCGGGAAUCGCCGGUAACCCGCUGUCGCCGAAGGUGACGCACAUCUUCCGGUGGAAGAGCUGCGAGGAGACUUCGAGUCCGAGGUUCUCGGAGAGAAGACAACAGGCUUCCAGUGAUCGGGUGUCCUAUGAGAACCCUACGUUUUCCUUGGACAGCUCGUUGGACUCGUCUGUUUCGAGUUUCCUGUUCGAACCCACCAGCCUGGACCAUCACGAGAUUGCCGAGGAGGAUCCGGUGGGUCAGAAGUCCCGGCAGGAUGAUGGGCUGACCGUCGUCGUAGAUUCCCGGGUGUCCUGCGAGCGGAAAUGCGUUUAUGGCCGGGAGGAUAAUGACGGCAGGAGUUUCGAGUGCAAUAAACGGUGCACGCGUCCUCCGCUGAUGGCGGGGACCAAGGCUAGGAGCCUGUCCGUGAACGACGUGGUCCUGCGGGACGAGGAGGGAGCAGUCAGUUUGGACUUGAACGCGUUCGACUCAUUGUCGCGGGACCGAGGUCUCGAGUUGAAGGGACGCAAGUCGCCGGACACGCUCGGGAAAGCCUCGGUUUGCUCGUCGAAGUCCUGCAGGAUCAGGACCGUGGACAAUAUCGCGAGCUUCUGGUCGAGCGCGCGCGGCGGCAGCUUCCGCAGCAAAGUCUCCGUGGGCAGGAAGAAGUCGAUCAAGGACUCCAGGGAGUCCCUGGGACCGGACAGGGUCUUGCCCGCUGCUGCUUCCGGAACAAAGUUGUACUCUUUGCAAGGGAUGGAGUUCCUGGAGGGUUUCGGGAAGAAAAAGCAGCAACCGAAUCAAGCGAAUAGCGUAUCGUCGGUGCACAUCAAUCCCCUAUCGGCACAGUCCCUCAACAUCCAUCUGCAUGCUCUCUUCGCAGCCGUGGAACAUGGCCACCUGGACAAAGCCCGGACCAUUCUGGAAUCGACGGACGUGGACGUGAACAGCGUGAACAGCGACGGUCUAUCGGCCCUGGACGUCGCGGUGCUCAGCAACAAUAGGCCGCUGGCAAAAAUGCUGGUCGCGUUCGGCGCGCAGGAGGGCAACCAAUUCAAGUCUCCGGAGUCUCUGGGCAGCCACCUGGCCUCGUUGCUGUCGGAAGCGGAGCACAGGGUCCAAGAACUCGGCGGGAGCACUUCCGGUAGCGGCGGGACCACUCUCUUAGAGCCGCCAAGCAGCUAUAGAUCAAGUUUUUCAUCCCAGCACAACAAUCUGACGGGAUGCGCCGGUAGCAACGAGGACAAACAGCUCGCGCUAUGGGAGAGGAGAGCUAAGGCGCUCAGGAAGAUGUUGCAGGGUUUCGAUCAAGCAAGACCACCAGAUAUGCCUUUCCUGGUCGCCGUGGACGUGACAGGAACCAAUUCCGUGACGGUCAGGUUCCAGGAGCCGGACUCCCACGAUUCCCCGAUCUGCACGAAGUUCAAGGUCCAGUGGAGCGUUAAGGAUGAUUUCUCCGUGAUCUGCGGGGAGAGAGAAGUGCUGGACAUGAAGCAGAGGGAGUGCAGAAUCGAUGAUCUGACCCAGGGACAGAAGUACCAUUUUCGAGCCGCCGCUGGGAACCUGAAGGGCUACAGCAGGUUCAGGAACUCGACGCCUGCCCAUGUCACCCCUAGCAGUUGGAGAGACAUCGAUGGCAGAGUGCCAAGGUUUGCCGGUCGGCUGGAGCAACUGAAUACUUUGUUCACGGACAUUAGGCGGCCCGAGUACACGCAGGAAACGCCUGCGGUGCAAAGGCGAAACCACAAGAAGAAGACGACCACGAUCAAGCAAUUGUUCACGGCGACGAGUAAGUUCCAGAAGAACUUGAGACGCGGCGUGUUUCUCGCUUGUUUGCUCUACCACGAAGACAAAGUGCUUGUGACCAACGAGGAUUUCCUGCCUGUGAUCGAAGUCGACGAGACGUAUCCCAGUUGUAUUUACAAUGACUUUCACUGGCUGAUGAAGGUGGCCUGCACCUGGGAGGACGUGAAGACGCUUCGCCAGGACAUGGAGAAGAGUCACAACAGCUCGACGAACUACUUUAGGAUAAAACUGCUGCAAGCCGCUGCUCAGAUGCAGGCGGUACUUUGCAUACAGGACCUGGGGCAAUUGUAUCAUAAACCCAUCAGGGAUAUGCAAGGCACCCUAGUUUUCUCAACGGUGAAUUACAUCAAAUCCCCAAAGCUUAUCUCAGUAUUAAACAGUAGGUGGUUGCCACUGAGUAAGGUGACGAAAAAGGUGAUAACUCACGAGGACAGCAACGUGGCGGAUAUCCUGAUAGCCAGCAUUCAGGAACAGAUGACGUACCACCAAGUCAGUAGUAUUAAACUGUCGAAAGGAUUGUACCUAGGUUACCUGAAGAUGCAGAGCAGCGUGGACCUCAUUCAGGUCGUGGUACCCGCGAAAUCGCCGAACGUGUUGCCUCAUUGUAAGGUCCGCGACAAUCCUCAUGUGACUGCGGAAGAAUGGGAUUAUCUGAAGAGGAUAACCCGACUACAAGUUUCAGAUACCUCGGUGACAGACGCCGAGGAGAAGGAGAACGUAACUAACGAAUGUCAAGGAACCGAACAGCAAAAGUUAUUCGUUGACCUGGUAGCAGCAACCGCGAGGCGAUUGUUCAAUUACAUGGAGAUCAGUCCUGAAGAUACGCUGAUCCAUCGAUUGUACGAUGCCGAGGUGAUCGAUCUGACUCACGACGUGUCUUUCCUGAUUGCUGUACCUCCAGCAGAGACCGCCUGUUCCGUACCUGGGACUAGGGAGAUUCUUAUGCAAAGAGGAGACUUGUUGUCCUUGCCCAUUCAAGUGUUCGAGAUGGUCCACUUAAAUACGUAUCAGAAGGAUGUAAUUAACAGAUACUCCAGAUUAAGCUGUAUCCUGGAAUUGGACACAGCACAAGCUCAAUAUAACCAUAGAGAAGCAUUCAGUUCCCUAGAAUUGAGCGUGGCGAAGGAUAAGUUGACCAGGCUUCAGGAUCUCCAGUCACAAGUGAACACCGUGUGGAAGGGAGCUAGGUGGUUGAUAGAUGCGAUCACGUUUGCGAGGGAUCGUGGGUCCUCUCAGCAAGGCAUAACGGGGAUCUCGAUGAAGCACUUGCUCAGUCUAGAUAGGAAUAAAAGCAACAGUAAUAGCAACAGCCUGAAGAGAAGUUUACUGCAGUUACCGCCUCGAGAUCCAAAACUAGUCAAGUCCAGUCCCGGUCGAGGCAGCUGGCCAGGACCAAACGUAACCAACUCUUCCUCGAACCUCCUGACGACAGAGUUCAGCAAAAGCGAGCAACAGCUGCCCAGUAGUCAAUACAUUCGAAAGGGCAGCAACACAUCUAACAUGUCGACCGGCUCGGAGCCUCCGAAGUCCUCGGUGCCGUUAAGCAGUACAAGUAAUCUCAGCAACGCGACCAGCGGUGGCAGCAACAACCAUUUGGUACCGUUGCAAAACGCGAGGCUACCGCCGUCCAAAUCCGAGGACACUCUAAUCCUGACGAAAUAUAAACACAGCCCCAGGAAUAGGUCAGCGACGAUCACUUCAGCGUCAGCCAGCACCAGCCCCCUGCUCAGCAUCAAGCCCAUCAUCUACGGCGGUUCACUUCUGAGCGUUUCAACGGCUAUGACGAACACGACCAGCUUACUCAGCGUCAGUAACACCAAUUCAGACAGUUUGCACUCGUUAAGCAGCGACGAGUACUCGACACCUAACUCGAGCGUCUGUAUAAAGGCACACGGGAAAGGGAAACCGGCGAAACCUACCGCUAGCGUUGCUGCCAUGGCGACUGGCGCGCUGGAAAGCCAGUUGGAAGAGGAGAAAGACGAAGCGACCAUGAUGCCGGCGCCUCUGCCUGGCAUUCUUCAGGUUUACGCCGCCUAUGAAACCGGCCUGGCAUCCGGUACCAGCCUGAAGCUGCACGUGACACCGAGAACAACGGCUAGAGAGGUGGUCAAUCUGGUCGUGAAACAGCUGAACAUGGCGGUGGUGCUGAAGGGACAGGAGGGCCCCAUUUACACGUCCGACGAGCUGCCGAACUUCUGCUUGGUGGCUGUCAUCGGUGCGCGGGAACGUUGUCUCAGGGACGAUUUUCGACUCCUCCAGCUUCAGAACCCCUGGAAAAAGGGCAGACUGUACGUGAGACAGAAGCAGGACGUGCUUGCAGCCCUCGAGCACAGCAGCAAGCAUACCGCAUAUUUAUAGCAUAAGUAGAAAACCAACGGGAGAAGAUUAUUUCAUAGAAAGGAUCUCGAAGAAGAGACGAGAGAACCCCGCGUCUCGUGACGGUACUACGUAAGAAGCUUUCCAUCUCGUUAACAGUUGGCGACAGAAGCCAAAGAUCAUUUAACUUAACGCGUUCUGUGAGCUUCCAGAUGAUCCAGUCAGUCCAGUGUCCUUUCAUUUUCUUCCCCAGACCUUUACUUUCACAACAGACGCAAUAGAUCAUUCGUUGCUCCAUCCAGUGUCCCAGUGGCAGGACCUUGUGAAAGGAUAGAUUGUCCCACAGAAUCUCAGGCGGGUAUCCUUUAAUCUCAAUAUUUUUCACGUCAGAGGAUAACAUAGAACGCAUCGUCCAUAGCUCCGUCUCGCAUCAUCGACACAGCACUUUGCGAAUGGACAGCUUUGCAUCGGCAAAACCGUGUUAACGUGUUGUACAUAAAGGAAACGCUUGACGAGAUAUUUCCAGUUGUAUCCCGAGGCUCUAAGCUGCACGUAACAUUAGGUAGAGUUCUGUGCGAGCGGCGGCGAGCGUGUUCUUCUUCGAGGAUGCUGUAUUUAGGCGAAGCCGUACAUUCCAACCGAGUUAUCGAGCAGCCCUGCUAACGCUCACCGAGUCUAGAUAGUCCGUAUCAAGAGUGGAUAAUACUCAAUCGUACUGCUGUAUUUUAGGUACCGAUCUCAAUGUUUAACUCGAGCGUAAAUAAGGCGACAGAUGCUUCGGAGAUGAUCUCAACGGCCCCGAUCGCGUGCCCAAGCGGAUCUGUAAAUUGGUAAACAACCCUUCCACUUGGACGAUCAGCCAACGAUCGAACGGGACACCGGCUUGGACACCUCGAUCGCAGAGAAGAAUUUUAUAUUUAUAUCUUCCGGAUUCGCUUCUGGCGGUUCACCACCAACGAAUCGUCUGUUCCGGCUCGACCGAGCCCGAUCACCGGAAACCGGAGUACCAUCCUCGAGGACGGAUUAUUCUUGCGGCUAGAAGAAUCUCCAUCGCGCCGCGUUCGCGACGAAUCCGCCGACAGAUCUCUUGUAUCCCAUCGGGAACACAAUGGACAAACGUCCCGGUCAUUAACGAGAGUCACUCGAGGUGCUUACUUAGGGGAUACGAGGUUGCGAUUAGAGCAGUUUGCGAGCGAGAAGCGUAGACAGUGUCGACGAAAGAGGCUUUAUAGAUUGUUGCGUAGAAUUAAACGAUGAAUAUUAGCGCGAUUAUUUUUAAUCCUGCAGUGGCAAGCGUGCGUCCGGCGCCGACAAAUGGUACAUAUGAAUCGUUUCGACCCGAUCCGACUCCGACGCGUUCCGCGUGCUUGAAAAGCACCGCAGGAACGCGCCACGUAUACACUUUACGUUCCGUUUAAAUAGAUACCGGUCGGUGGUACUCGUUGAUUUUGUCUGAAAGGCGGAUGUAUGAUCGUUUAGCGUUAUUUCCCGUGGAAAAUGGUAGAACGUAGACGCGAAUGACUCGUAUGUGCCAUUCUAGGGUUAAUUCGGAGCGGUUCGCUCUAUAGUGUGUUUUCCUUGCGUCCAUUCACUGACGCGUCGCGGGUCGGUGUACUUCUUUGCAGAGAUGCGCUCUCUUUCGUGUUCUCCGGGCCUGCUUUCGUUUGGGAACAUGAAACGUUCUCGGUGUUGAAAAGCAUCUGCAUUUGUAUAUUUGUAUUCUACCGCGUACGUUUAUUCUCCGUUGAGGAAGAAGGAGUCGAAGACGGCCCCGUUGGGAGUCGGUGUUCUCGUUCGAGUUCCAACCUGUCGAGGACUGCAACCGCGACUUAGACGCAUUCGCGAUAAAUACGAUGCGAGGAGUGGAUUGUAUAAUGAACGCACCCGGAGCGCACGGUACCGCUGUACAGUGUUCUCCACGUAAUAAUUAAUAACAAUUAGUGUCUAACGUAGAAAAGAAUGUUACCGGAUUCAACGGGAACCUGCGGUCUGCCGUUCCGAGGUUCCGCGUUGAGAAAUAUAGAGAAACACUUGACGAGUUAAUUAUUCGACGAUGUAACUUGUAGUCUGGCUGCGGAUCUUUGUAUUAUAUCAUGCGAUGAUUUAAAGCGAACGAAUUGGACACUUCGAUUUUUAGAAGAUUGACCUGUUGACAUUAUUAACCGUUUGCGCUUGAAAGGUGUUCACGUUAAGUUCUAACGAGGUAUUGAUUCGAUCAUUGAUCCUGUCAAAUAGAGAUAAUCCACGGAUCAAUGGAUAGAAUUAUUUUCUUUCAAUAUUCCAUGUGUAAUCUGUAGAAUAUUCAUUUUUAUAGUCUCGCUGUAUGAAGGCGGUGAUUUUGGUCAGCUCUCGAGUGCAAAGGGUUAAGUCGAGACGUAAACUAACAGUACCACCAUAGAAAUGUAAAUUCGCACGAUAUUCCGUAGCCCGCUCGCCGUUCCAACGGCGGGAAUAGCAAUUUAACGAAUGUGGAUUGAUCUCCGAUGAAAAUUGAAUGAUUCUAAUGUCUGUAAAUUAGCGUUAACGUUGAUGAUCCGUCCUUCGGCGAGGGAAACUACAGAGAUCAAUCGACUGGACAGUGGUACCGAGCAACGAGGGGGCCACCUAAGUUUAAACGAAGAUAUACGAUGCACAUAUUUUUUUAUCGAGAAAAUACAAGCGAGAGGAGAGCGAACGAGAGAGAAAGAGUGUGGGUGGAUUUUUACUGUAUCUUGCCGGAGUGCGUACUUGUCAUCGAACGCGAAUUGAUCAGUACGCACUCGCAUGUUUCACGGGGAGACGAUGAAGAAGGAGGUCUGCGUGUGUCCAGCAAGAACGGGAGAGAGUGUGUGAGAGAGAACGAGAUGCAAGAAGAAAAUUUCAUGAAGAAACGGAAGUUAGUAAAAUUUUAUUAGCUCUACUUGAGUGUUUAUCGAUGUUGAGUGUAAAAUAAUCACCUAGAAAUUAAGUGUUAACGAAGGACGACGAGGAGGAGGAGGAGGAGGAGACGAAAAUUAAAAGACGCCUAGAUUUUCCUUGUGGAUUAAUGAAAGAGAGAAAGAGAGAGAGAGAGAGCGAGAGAGAGAAAGAAAGAGAAAUAACACGCAUUGAAAAAAAGAGAAAAAACUACAAAAGGACGAAGAAACGAACUACUUGUAAAUAUUCAAAGAAAUCUAUGUAUGUAUAAAAUAUAAAAUUCAGAAUGACCGAAGAGAGAGAGGGGAGUACGAUUAUUUCGAUACUUCGAUUCAUUCUUUCUUUCGUGCUGUACAUUUUUUUUAACGCUUGGUCCACGGAACGUCUAUUCGACGCAGAUUGAAUAUUAUAAAUUAUUAUUUGCUAAACGUUAGACUUUGAUCGGUUACACCAAACGUACAUCUCAAUUGUCUGUUCUUAAUUAUCUCCAAUGUCCAAAAC